CGGGCGGAGGAGGUUUCAUUUGAGAUUUGGAUUUUGCGCUGUAGUCGUCGCAUAGAAGGAAAAAAAACUGAAGAAGUUUGCAUUUUUCGCUGUCUCGCGCGCGUGUGAAAGCAACAGCGACGUACGGUUUAUAUUUGUGAACGGCUGACCAGAGCCAGUGCAGUUCGUAGGAGAGUUUCGGAGGAAAAUGAGCGUGAUUAGUAACAGCGGGAAUAAUUCACCGUCGCUACGCUUGCGUACGACAACGGUCGGUAACACGAAAGUGAAAGAAAUUUCUAAUGAAAUACAAUUAUGUCCGAGUGUCAUGUCCGAAGAAGUGAAGAAAAUGUUGCCUCCGACCUCGGAAACUGUGAUGACCAAACCAUUUCCAAUCCGGGGUGAGCGAACAAUAAAUGAAGUUACGGCACCACAUGUUGUGGCAAUGGUUGGUCUGCCGGCGCGAGGGAAAACCUACAUUUCAAAGAAAUUAUCACGUUAUCUGAACUGGAUUGGAAUCAACACAAGAGUUUUUAAUUUGGGAGAGUAUCGUCGACAUGCGACGAGUGCAUAUAAAAGUCAUGAAUUUUUUAGGCCUGAUAACGAAGAGGCAAUGGCCAUCCGAAAUAAAUGUGCUGUGAAAGCACUAGAGGAUGCCUGUGAUUGGCUGCGACGCGGCGAUGGAGAUGUUGCAGUUUUCGAUGCCACAAAUUCGACUCGUGAUCGACGAGAGCUUCUAUAUAACAUUGUUGUAAAGAAAAUGGGAUUCCGUCUAUUUUUCGUAGAAUCAAUUUGUGAUGAUCCUCAAAUUAUUGAACAAAAUAUUAUGGAAGUAAAAGUUAGCAGCCCAGAUUACUUAAAUAUGAACACAGAAGUAGCUUUAAAGGAUUUCCUCCAGCGUAUCGAACACUACCAAGAAAAAUACCAACUUCUAGAGGAAGACCGCGAAAGUCAUCUAUCGUUCAUGAAAAUAUUCAAUACAGGGAAGAAAGUCGUUGUGUACAACAGCGAAGGUCAUGUGCAGUCACGUAUUGUAUAUUAUCUUAUGAACAUCCACAUAACACCAAGGACAAUUUACUUGACAAGGCAUGGGGAAAGUGAACACAACUUAAAAGGAUUAAUCGGCGGCGAUGCUAGCUUAAGUGAACGGGGUCGGCAGUAUGCGAAGUGCUUAGAGAAUUACAUAAGUCAACAAAAUAUUGAAGGUUUGAGAGUAUGGACGUCGUGGCUUCGCAGAUCAAUACAAACAGUUGCGGAUAUAAAGGCCCCACAGGAAAGGUGGAAGGCACUUAAUGAAAUCGAUGCGGGCACAUGCGAGGAGAUGACGUACGAAGAAAUUAAAGCCAAGUUCCCGGAAGAAUUCAAGGCCAGAGAUCAAAAUAAGUUCGCCUAUCGUUACCCGCGAGGUGAAAGUUACGAAGAUCUAGUAGCGCGACUGGAACCGGUCAUAAUGGAACUAGAACGACAAGGCAACGUGUUGGUGGUAUCUCAUCAAGCUGUUCUGCGAUGUCUUCUAGCAUACUUUCUCGACAAACCUGCAGAGGAACUUCCUUAUUUGCAUGUGCCUCUUCACACUGUGAUAAAGUUGACACCAGUGGCCUAUGGAUGUCGCGUUGAACACAUAAAACUUCCAGUGGACGCGGUCAACACACAUCGGCCGAAACCAAAGAUACCUGGUGAAGUUUACUCUGAAGAAACACAAAAUGGUGCUGCAUGAUUUUCUAAUUUUCUAGUUUUAGUUAUGUCAUUUCAUUUAAUAUUUCCAAAAUCAAACUAUGGACGUGUCUAUUUUUAACGAAAGUGCAUUUUUUAGUAAAAUUAAAUUUCAAUGGUAAAGACAAUUUUAUUUUCAUUCGUUUCACUUGUUCAUAACUCAUUGUUUCUCUCUCAAUGUCGAUAUGUGUAUACAGUAAUCUUAUAUUUAAUGAAUAGAUAGUAAAACUUAAGAGAAAUCAAAUCAACACGAACGAAAUCGAACCCUGCUAUAAACAAAUUCUGUGUGUGCGUGCUUAGGAAAGCAAUGAAUUCAUAUUUUUUGUACUUCAGAGUAUGCCAUUUAUUUAUGUACUACAUACAUACAUAGCUUAGUUAUGGUAAUAGAUAAUCUUUUUUAAUUAGAUGGAGGCAAAAGAUAUUCAAGGGAUUUUAUAGUAUGAUUACGAUAAUUUUUGAAUGUUUUAGAAACAAACACUUAGAAUACUUGCGGACAGCUUUCUUUCGAGGAACAUGAGGAAAUUGUGUCUUAGCGACUGAUUUUUCGUAAUGUUAAUCUUAUUCGAUGGAUUUUCAUUUUAUUAGGUAUAUUAUGGCAUUGUUUUAUGGAUACUGGUGAAUCCACAACAACAAAAAAAUAUGGAAUAAAUAUUUUUACAAAAUUA